AUGACCUCAUUAACUACCAAGGAAGGCUCUGUUAAAAGAGUAGCUGUUGUUGGUGCUGGUGUAAGCGGGCUUGCUGCAGCCUACAAACUGAAAUCACACGGUUUCGACGUCACGGUAUUUGAAGCUGAGGGAAGAGCUGGAGGGAAGUUGAGAAGUGUUUCACAUGAUGGUCUGAUUUGGGAUGAAGGAGCAAAUACAAUGACUGAGAGUGAAAAGGAGGUCCAGACUUUGCUUGAUGAUCUUGGAAUUCGAGAAAAGCAACAAUUUCCAAUUUCACAAAACAAGCGUUAUAUUGUGAGGAAUGGAUCACCUGUGCUGAUACCUACCAAUCCAAUCGCUCUGAUCAAGAGCAAUUUUCUUUCAGCACAAUCAAAGCUGAAAAUUAUUCUAGAGCCAUAUUUGUGGAAGGACAAAAGAGUUUCUGAUGAUCACACCGAAGAAAGUGUGGGUGGGUUUUUUCAGCGUCAUUUUGGGGAAGAGGUUGUUGAUUAUCUCAUUGACCCCUUUGUUGCUGGAACAAGUGCUGGAGAUCCCGAAUCUCUUUCUAUGCGCCAUUCUUUUCCAGAUAUAUGGAAUAUAGAGAAAAGGUUUGGUUCUGUUAUAUCUGGGGCAAUUAAAUCAAAAUUAUCUGCCAGCAAGGGAAAAAGUGGAGAAACAAAGGGUUCCGUAGAAAAAGGGAAGCGUCAGCGUGGUUCAUUUUCAUUUCAUGGUGGAAUGCAGACACUCACUGAUAUCUUGUGCAACCAGCUUGAAAAAGAUGAGCUUAAACUGAACUCAAAGGUUUUGUCACUAUCUUACCAUCAGGGUGGGAACUCUGCAUUAGAAAAUUGGUCAGUUUCCCGUGUUGCUGAUGAUGACAAGCAUUCACAAAGUUUAUCUGUAGAUGCUGUAAUCAUGACGGCUCCGCUAUGCAAUGUCAAAGAAAUGAAGAUCACGAAAAGAGGAACCCGCUUCCCUCUUGAUUUUAUUCCUGAGGUGGUUUAUAUGCCAUUAUCAGUGAUCAUAACCACCUUCAAGAAGGAAAAUGUUAAGAGACCCCUUGAGGGGUUUGGAGUUCUUGUUCCCUCUAAAGAGCAGAAAAACGGCUUAAAAACUCUUGGCACUCUCUUUUCCUCCAUGAUGUUUCCUGAUCGUGCACCCAGUGACCUAUAUCUUUAUACUACCUUUGUUGGGGGAAGUCGAAACAAGGAACUUGCAAAAGCUUCAACGGAUGAAUUGAAGCAAAUUGUUACCUCUGACAUUAGGCACUUGUUAGGAGCAGAAGGCGAGCCGACAUUUGUGAACCAUUUCUACUGGAGCAAAGCAUUUCCAUUGUAUGGGCGCGACUAUGAUUCAGUUAUAGAAGCAAUUGAGAAUAUGGAGAAAAAUCUUCCUGGGUUCUUCUAUGCAGGUAACCAUAGGGGUGGACUGUCGGUUGGUAAAUCAAUAGCUUCUGGAUGCAAAGCAGCUGAGCUUGUAAUCUCCUAUCUGGAAUCUCCUUCAGAUGAGAAGACACGUCACGAAGGAUGA